CACAGAAAAAAGACCUACCCAAAAGUAAAUAGGAUGUGCAUUGUUUGAGAGAUGACAGGAGGACUUCUAAACUAGUUAAAUUGCGUGAAACUCCAUCAGAAUAUUUUUAUUUGAAUUUCAUGCUGUGAGCUGAUGAUGGAGCACUCCACCUCAUUGUCCAAAAAUUGUCUUUUAAAAAGACUUAUUAUAUGUUUGAUUUUGAUAACUCUGGCUGUACUUGUUUGUACUGAUCAAGACUAUUAUAAUUUACUUGGAGUUUCAAAAGAUGCGAGCAGUAGAGAAAUCCGGCAAGCUUUUAAGAAGCUGGCAUUAAAAUUACACCCUGAUAAAAAUCAGAACGAUCCUACUGCACAUGACAAAUUUUUAAAAAUAAACCGGGCCUAUGAGGUUUUGAAAGAUGAAGACCUUCGAAAAAAGUAUGAUAAAUAUGGUGAAAAAGGUCUUGAGGACCAGCAACAAGGUGGCCAGUAUGAAAGCUGGAGUUUUUAUCGCUAUGAUUUUGGUAUUUAUGAUGAUGACCUUGAAAUUGUCACUUUGGACAGAGGAGAGUUUGAUGGUGCUGUCAACUCUGGGGAAGUGUGGUUUAUUAAUUUCUAUUCACCUCGAUGUUCACACUGUCAUGAUCUUGCGCCUACGUGGAGAGAAUUUGCCAAAGAAAUGGAUGGACUACUUCGAAUUGGAGCAGUCAACUGUGGUGACGACAGAAUGCUUUGCAGAAGUCAAGGGAUCAAUAGCUACCCAAGUCUUUAUAUUUACAGAGCUGGAAUGAAUCCAGUAAAAUAUUUUGGGGAACGAACAACAGAGGAUUUGGCAAAUUUUGCUAUGCAGUUUGUUUCAAGCACUGUGACAGAGUUAUGGGCAGGAAAUUUUAGGAGUUCCAUUGAAAAUGCAUAUGCCUCGGGACAUGGUUGGCUUAUUACCUUCUGUGCUGACAGUGGAGACUGUUUAACUUCCCAGACACGUUCAAAGCUGGCAGCUAUGCUGGAAGGGCUUGUCAAUGUGGGAUGGAUGGAUUGUACUACACAAGCAGACCUCUGUGAGAAUCUGGACAUCACCACAAGCGCAACCGCCUACUUCCCUCCUGGAGCUACAUUAGUGGAUGAUAAAAGCAAUGUUUUGUUCUUUGAUACAUUAGAUGCAAAGGAGAUCUACAGAGAAGUAAUCAAACUCCUCCCUGAUUUGGAAAACAUUUCACCAGAAUCUUUACAGGACAGAUUAGCACAUCAUCGCUGGCUUCUUUUCUUCAUUUUUGGGAAGAAUGAGCAGUCCCACAUUCCAGAAUUCAAAAAACUAAAGGUUUUGCUUAGCAAUGACCAUGUCCAAGUUGGAAGGUUUGACUGUCAAUCCAGCCCAUCAGUCUGCAAUAAACUAUAUAUUCAAAAGCCUUGUGUAGCAGCUUUUAAAGGGAAAGGUCUUAAUGACUAUGAAAUCCAUCAUGGAAAAACAAACUUGUAUGAUUUGGUUGCUUUCACAAAAGAAAGUGUCAAUUCACAUGUCAUUACUUUGGGACCUCAGAACUUUCCUGGUAAUGAGAGGGAACCAUGGUUGGUUGACUUUUUUGCGCCGUGGUGUCCACCGUGUCGUGCCUUGCUGCCGGAGUUAAGGAAAGCCUCAAAACGCCUAUUUGGUCAGAUACACUUUGGUACUUUGGAUUGCACCGUACAUGAAGGACUCUGUAAUAUGCAUAACAUCAGAGCUUAUCCAACAACCGUAGUAUUCAACCAGUCCAACAUUCACGAAUAUGAAGGUCAUCAUGAUGCAGAACGGAUUUUAGAAUUCAUACAGGAUCUUCAAAACCCUUCAGUUGUUGCACUCACCCCAGAGACUUACAAAGAGUUGGUAAAACGGCGGAAGAGAGAUGAAAUCUGGGUUGUUGAUUAUUAUGCUCCGUGGUGUGGACCGUGUCAAGCCCUGAUGCCAGAAUGGAAACGAAUGGCAAGGCUUUUAAAUGGCUUGAUCAACGUUGGAAGUGUUGACUGUCAGAAAUACAGUAACCUGUGCAACCAAGAGCAUGUGCAAGGCUAUCCUGAAAUCAGGCUUUACCCUGCAAAUACAGACUCUGCAAAUCAUUACUUCCCAUAUAAUGGCUGGCACAGAGAUUCCCAUUCUCUUAGGGUCUGGGCACUUGGUUAUUUACCAAAAGUAUCUAUUGACCUUACACCUGAAAGUUUUAAUGAAAAGGUGCUAAAUGGAAAAGACCAUUGGGUCCUAGAUUUUUAUGCUCCGUGGUGUGGCCCAUGUAGAAGCUUUGCUCCAGAGUUUGAGCUUCUAGCUAGGUCUGUUAAAGGAAAAGUGAAGGCUGGGAAAGUGGAUUGUCAGGCUUAUGGACAUCUCUGCCAAACAGCAGCUAUCAGAGCCUAUCCUACAGUUAAAUUCUACCCAUAUCUUGGAGCAAAAAAGAAAAAUGCUCAUGGUGAACAUAUAGAUACUAGAGAACCAAAAGAAAUAGAGAAAAUCAUAACUGCAAGAAUAGAAUCAAUUAAAAGCCAAUCAAAGCGAUCAAAGAAGGAUGAACUGUGAUGAAAAGUAACCUAGCAAGCAAUUUUAUCAUGGACUUUGUCUUAAUUUUUAUGGACAUUUUGCUAUGCUGUUUUAAUUUAAAAAAUAUGAAUGUAUUUUCUUAUGUGAACA